AUGCCUAAAUCAGGAAACACUCGGAGGAACUCGCCUCCUAGUUCGCGACCUUCCGACACCCACCCCACAGCCAGUACGAGCGGCGAUGGAGAAAGAAGAGCUGCUGAUUCCGAAUCUGAAUUUAUCGAUCUUACGCAUGUCGAUAGCGAUAGUCGAAAUAAUGAAGAUCCAGGUGUCAUCGCGUCGCCGCCGGCAUCUAUCAGUGUAAAUAUCAUCGCCGACGAUCAUCCGACGCUGCCGACUCCAAGUGGCGCAGUCGCCGGAAGUGGAAGCGGAAGCUCUACUCUGUUGACCUCGCCUCAGUUCGGCACUAGAGCCUUGAGUCCCGACCCAAGUCCCAGCCCCAGUCCUGUCUCCACCCCGACGACGAGCGCCAGCCCGCCGAAGAGAACGAUAGCUCCACGUCUGCGCAAGGACUCCGCAACCGGACUCGCCGCUGGCCUCACACAGUCGCGUCUCGGGGCCUUCCUGAGGAACGAUGGUGCAUCGACAUCUCGCGUUCUGGGUAUCGAACGCCCAUCGAGCUAA